AUGAGGCGGCGGCGCCCCUCUGGCGCGCAGGGGCUGCCCGAGAGCCCUUCGUCUUCUCCCUUUGUCGACGGGAGCCUCCUUUCUCCGUCGCCUCGUCUCUUUUCCGCUCUCCAACAGCCUGCCUGUGUUGCCGCUCCUUCGCGGUCUCCUCGCUGCGGCACAGCCAGCUCCGGCGCCCCCUUUUUGUCUGCUUCCCCUUCCGGUGUGCGUCUGGUCGGCGCUGGCGGCAGAGCCCUCCAGCCCCGGCUUCGUCUGUCCCGCACCCGUGUGCUGCUCCUCCUGUUUCUGUGCUCUCUUUCGUCUACCUCGGCGUUUUUUCGCGCGGAUCUCGUCUGGGGCACCACCCGCGCUGCUCCUCCGCGUCGGCUGCAGGAGGAUUUUUCGGCCCUGCCGCCCUUCCCCUUCUUCUCUCUCCCUGUGGACUUCGAAUCCCAGAAUGAUUCGCCGCCUUCUUCCUCUUCCUCCCCGUCCUCUGCAACGGGGCCGUCAGCCUCCUCUGCAGGGCGUCCCCCGUCGGACUCCGCCGCUUCCGCGUCCUCGUGGAGACGGCUGCCGCAUCCCUUCUCCUCAGUCCACCUGCUGGCGCGGCCGCGAAGCCGCUCUGUCUAUCCGGAGCUCCAGCCGGUCGCCAGGCCCUCGCCGCUGUCGUCUCCCGCGUCCCUGCUCGUUUACCGCGGUGCCGUUCUGCCGUCUGGCUCCCCUGCCGCGCCGCUCUCCGCUUCGUCCUCCGCUCUCUCUUGGUCUAAGUGCCUCUCGAACCUCUCUGAAGGCUGCUUCAGCCCGCUCAGCAGCCAGCUCUUCCCCGUGGCCUUGCCCUCUCGGCUUCUAGACCAGGUCCAGAGCCACGCGGCAGAACGGAAGCAGAAAGCACGCGCGCCUCUCGAUGCGGCGCAGAACGCGACCGGCCUGUCCUUCGCGGAGGUCGCGGACGCGACAGGUGAAGAAGAGCCGACGCGAGAAUGGGGCCCCUUCUUCGUGAGAGUUCGAGGCUUCGUCGAGACUGCGGAGCUCCGCGCGGAGAUCCAGUCUGCGAAUGACUCGGAGUUCUUUGCGGCAACGAUCGACGCACGCGCGAGCUGGAGGUUCGCCCACUCCAAACGAAGGCCCCCUGCACCGCGAGAUUCCGUUGAGGCAGCCGAGCGCGAGGCGCUGCCCCUGCGGAAGCCUCUCGCACCCAACGCCCCGCACGCCUCUCACGCCUCAGGGCCUUCCGCCGCCCUCGCCGCCGCGCCGCCGAGCUACUCUGCGGCCUCGCCCGCGCCGCCAAGCGACGCACCUGCGGUGUCCGCCGUUACUCUCUCUGCGGCAGGCGCUUCUUCGGACCCGCGCCGCGCACCAGCGGAUCGCGCCGCAGAAGACGACUCGAGCGGAGGAGACGGACCCGCAGCGGCGUCGGCGUCUGCUGCCGCGCACCCUCCGGGGGACAGCGAGCCUCCCGCGGGGACGAGCCUCGAGCCGACAGCGGGCACGGACAAGGCGGCGGCAGCGGCAGAGGACAUUCCUCAGAGCCAAGAAAAAGGCACCGAAUCCGGCGCAGCUUCCGCGUCGAGUUCGGACUCAAACGCUUCUGCCUCUGCGUCUCCUGUUGAGUCUGCGAGUCCGCGCUCGAUCUCUUCGCGGCUGCGCUUCAUCUCUUCACUCCUCUCGGGGGCGCCCGGUCGCGCCUUCUCGUGGGCCUUCGCCUCAGAGCCCUGGCCGCCGCGCGGGAGUUGGCUGGCGGAGAGGCCCCUGGCGCGCGCUCAGGCGCUCUUCGUGGAUGCAUGCAUUGCGAUCUACCGCCUGCCUGCGUCGCCUGCUUCGUCUACGCCGUCCUCCGCUUCUCCCUCUGCUUCUCCAGUGGAGGCUGCUGAGACCCGCGCGGGCGCCGGGGGGAGGCGCGUGGUGGGCGGCGGCGCGCCGGGGCGGGAGCUGAGCCUCCGCGAGGGAGCCGAACGGCCUCAGGGGCUUGCCGCCUCUGGCGCCGACGAAGAGGAGAUAAGCUCCGCGGAGGCGCGCGGGUCCGCCGCGGACGACUUCCCCACGUCGUGCGAGGAGGCCUUCCGGCGCGCGGACGCCGCCGAGCCCAACCGCGGAGGCGAUGCCAGCCAGGGCGCCGUAAACCUCUCUGAGGAGGAAGAGGAGGAGGAUGCACUCUUUACGAGCAAGGGGAGUCUCGCGGAUGCGUCGGCAGCGACGCGACCAGACUCUGCUCAGGUCUCCCCUGCCUCUGCUGCGGCGUCUGCCUCUCCCCCGUCGCCUUCGCCUGCGAGCGAGACGCCAGUCUCGUCCUCUGCGUCGUCUCCGGCUGUGUCUCCUGGUCGCUCGCCUGCGUCGUCGUCUUCGGCGGCCGCGCAGGCGCCUGCGUGGGGCCCGAACUCGCCGCCCGUGUUCUGCAGCCCCGUCGUCCACGCGAGCAGCCUCCGCCAGUACUUGUCUUUUCAGCUUCCUCAGGACUUCGUUCUUUUCCUCCUUUCCCGCUACGACCUGCACGUCAUCGGCAGCCCUGGCGAGCUGGUGGGGCGUUCGCAGCCGCCGUCGCGCGCGUCGCCCUCUGCGUCGCCCUCUGCGUCGCCCUCCUCCCCUACCUCGUCUCCGCUGUCUCUGUGGCCUGCUCCUCCGCUCCGCGUCAUCGCGCGGCGCCUGGAGACGCGCCCAGACGCCGGCCCCGACGUCGCGGCGGCCUCCGCGGCGGCGCUCGCCGUCGAUCCGAAGUCAGCCGCGUCUCCAGUGGAGCCCGGCGCGCGCACCUCAGACGCAGAAGGCUCGCCGAAUGGCAAGCCCAAGGCGCGGCUGGGCGUCUGCUACCGGGGCCCGCACGAGGCGAGGCGGAAUGCGAUCCUGUUCGCAGGCGUGGAGGAGCUGGGAAAACCGCUUCUGGCUCACGAGGCUGCGCCUCCUCCUCCGGCGGGGGCUUUGAAGGCCGCGCCGACGCGCGUCGGCUGGUCGCAAGAGAUGUUUGACGUCGGGGAGCUCCUCUUCCACCGAGCGCCGACGCUAUCUCUCUCUCUGAACGACGAUGACGACGCCUCAUCGUCGGGGGCGCCUGCGCCUUCAGCAGCGGCGGGGCGGGGCGAGGGCGACAAGGGGAAAACCGCAAAGAAGGACGAGAAGAAGGAUGGAAAUGAGGAGGCAGACGCGAUUCGCUUCGCAGCCGCGCGCGCCGCGAACUCUCCGGCUUGGGCCAGCUCCGUUUACUUGGAAAUGCACGACAAAGAGACCGUCCACAUGCGCCGAUUCAUCAACGCCGGAUGGAGCUACGGAAAAGAUCUGCAGGGAUACAACUUCACGUCUUUCAAUCGCCUCGUCCUGAAGUCUGUCAAGCGUCACUCGCCUUUUCAUUGCCCAGGCUUCUGGGAGGAACACGCCUUCUUCGGCGUCGCGCCCGUGGCGUUCGCGCGGCCUUCGCAAAGUACAACGGAUCCCAACCUCGAGACGCUGCACUUUGAAAUGGAAGAGCGGCACCGCGACGAGAGUUCUGCGCCGCUUUACGACGGAGGCUUUUUGCCGCCACCCCACCUGCGCACCUUCGCGUGCUUCUACGCCAACGAAGCAGAUCCCCAGGGCCUCGCCGUCGCGGAAGUCCUCUUUGUCAUGGACUCUAGAGACGCGGUGAUGAUCGUCUUCUUCGUCCUCAGUUUGGUCAUGGGCGUUCCGAUCUGCUGCGGAAUCUCCUUUUCGUGCCAUGCCCUUAAGCACCGCAGACUCAGGAGGGCGCUGCGGCGCCUUCGCCUCGUUCAACAGCGCGACGCGAUUGAGAUGCACUUAAUGAGCGAGCUCGGCGUCUCGCAGCAGAUCGAGGAAGAAGAUGAAGAGGACGAUGAAGAAGAAGAGGAGGAUUUCGCGGGCACGGAGACGGAGAGAACGAGCCACGCGAACGAGGCUGGCCCCCUGGAGCGAUGA